AUGGAUUAUGAAGAGUUUGUUUUUAGGACUGACUGCUUUGGUGGGGCUUUUCUUAGAGACACGAUCCUAGAGGAAAACCGUCCAAUCCCGGAACCAGGUCCCAAUGAGGUCCUCCUGCGGAUGCAUUCUGUUGGGAUCUGUGGGUCUGACGUUCACUACUGGCAGCAUGGUCGAAUUGGGGAUUUUGUUGUGAAGGACCCCAUGGUGUUGGGACAUGAAGCUUCCGGGACUGUCAUCAAAGUGGGAUCAGGAGUGACGCAUCUGAAACCAGGUGAUCGAGUGGCCAUUGAGCCUGGCGUCCCAAGAGAAGUAGAUGAGUUCUGCAAAACGGGCCGCUAUAACCUGUCUCCAACCAUCUUCUUCUGUGCGACGCCGCCAGAUGAUGGGAACUUGUGUCGCUACUACAAGCACAGUGCCAGCUACUGCUACAA